AUGUCAACCACAUCAUCACCACCACCACUACUAUCAAGAACGAAAACAGACAAAACAACAACUAUAACGACAUCGACAUCGAUAGUGCCACUACCAACAACAACAACCGCACCACUACCAACAACAACCAAAACAAAAACUAUAUCACUAUCAAAAACAACUAAAAGAAAAGCUACACAACCACUAAAAACAAGUACAACAACGACCAAAAUCACACCACCACCAACAACAACAACUACAACAACCACACCAUUACCAACAACAACUACAACAACGACCACACCACUACCAACAACAACUACAACAGCAACCACACCACUACCAAAAACAACCAAAACAAAAACCAAACCACCACCAAAAGCAACUACAACAACAACCACACCACUACUAACAACGACCACAACAAAAACCACAUCACCACCACCACCAACAACUACCCCACUACCGCUAACAAAAAUAACUAAAACAACCACAACAGCAACAAAAGCUACAGCCAACAUUACAAUCAUAACAACAACAAUACCAAUCGAACAGACUACGACAACAUCAACGUCAACAACAACCACAUCAACAACAACUAUAACCUCAACAACAACAACAACAUCAACAACAUCAACAACAUCAACGUCAGCAACAACAACAUCAACAACAUCAACAACAUCAACGUCAGCAACAACGACAAUCAAAGGUAUGAUUUUAUUGAAAAAAAAUGAACGAAAAUCAAAAUUCAACAAAUGGAAACAAAAUGCCAUUACCGUAGCUGGUGGAAAUGAAAAAGGACAAGAAUUAAAUCAACUCGAUGACCCUGAAGGAAUCUUUGUUGAUAAAAACAAAAAUAUUUUUAUUGCUGAUUCUGGAAACCAUCGUAUUGUUGAAUGGAAAUAUAAUUCAAAAGAAGGACAAGUCAUUGCAGGUGGAAAUAAGAGAGGAAAUCGAAUAGAUCAAUUAAAUAAUCCAACAGAUGUAAUUGUUGAUCAACAAACUCAUUCAAUCAUCAUUGCUGAUCAUGGUAACAAAAGAGUGAUUCAAUGGUUAAAUCAAACUCAACAAAUUCUCAUUAACAAUAUUGGCUGCUAUGGCUUGGCAAUAGAUAAACAUGGAUUUCUUUAUGUUUCUGAUUACACGAAGAAUGAAGUGAGACGAUGGAAAAUGGGUGAAUACAAUGACGGAAUUAUAGUAGCAGGCGGAAACAGAGAUGGAGAUCAACUUAACCAAUUCAAUUCUCCUACUUUCAUCUUUGUUGAUGAAGAUCAAUCUGUUUACGUAGCAGAUUGGAUGAAUCAUCGCGUGAUGAAAUGGAGAAAAGAUGCAAAAGAAGGAAUAGUUGUGGCUGGAGGAAAUGGUCAAGGAGAAAAUCUCAAUCAAUUGCAGUUACCUCAAGGGGUAGUUGUUGAUCAUUUAGGUCAAAUCUGUGUGGCAGAUAGCGGGAAUAAUCGAAUAAUGGGUUGGUGUGAAGGAAAAGAAGAAGGUGAAAUUGUUGUUGGUGAAAACGGUGGAGGGAGUCAAUCAAAUCAAUUGUAUGGUCCCAGUGAUUUAUCUUUUGAUGAUGAAGGAAAUCUUUAUGUUGCUGAUUAUUAUAAUCAUCGAAUUCAAAAAUUUGAAAUAAUUUUGUGA